UCCUACUGUGAUGUGAUGACUCAAGCGCGGGAGCCGCUCAGCAUCAUGGAUCACCAGCCGACCUGCGAUUUUUCUACAAAAACCAAACGAGGAGUCUACUUAUCAAAGAGUUUAACAUUCGUUAUCCUAGUGAUAUUUGCACUAGCAAUCGUGGCUACAGCAUUCCUAGUUUACAAUUUCGCGGCUUGCCCGAGAACUGACCAGUUAGCAAAUGUGACUAAAUAUGAACUUACCCAUUGUGAUCCACCUAAACUAUCAGUGAUUCCGUUAAGUACCGAUAAUAGUAGACAUGUUCUUCCAAUUGAAACUACUGCUAAUCCCGUUGAAGAAAAUACUGAAGAAGCUGUUCCUACAAUAACUGAUGUCCGGUUACCAAGAAAUAUCAAACCAGAGCGUUAUUAUGUUAAAUUAACUCCUUAUAUUUAUGAAGGGAAUUUCACAUUUGAUGGUGAAACUAGUAUAGUGUUGACGGUUAGGAAUGAUACACAACAAAUAACGUUUCAUGGAGUGGAAUUAAUGUUUAAAAGUAUUGAAGUGUUUGAUAAGAGUGAAAGUAAAGCGUUGAAGAUAACUAGAAGAACUGAAGAUAUAGCGAGGCAGUUUCAUAUUGUAUCUGUGGCAGAAACAAUGAAAGCGGGACAGCAAUAUGUUUUGAACAUAACAUUCGUGGGUAUGUUGAAUGACAAUCUGCAUGGGUUCUACAGAAGUUCGUAUGAAGAAAAAAAUGUCACUAGAUGGAUAGCAGUUACCCAGUUCCAAGCAACUGAUGCCCGCCGAGCGUUCCCGUGCUGGGACGAGCCGGCCCUCAAAGCCAAGUUCACUAUCAGCAUCGCUAGGCCUGUCAACAUGACGUCUGUCUCCAAUAUGAAUAUCGUCAAGCGGGAAUCACACGAAACUCUUCCGAACUACGUAUGGGACCACUACGCGGAGUCACUUCCAAUGUCCACCUACCUCGUGGCCUUCGCAGUCACGGAUUUUGGACACAAAAGUGACAAGAACUUCGCGGUCUGGGCGAGAAAAGAGGCCUUGUCUUCCGCCGAAUACGCCCUAGAUAUAGGACCGAAAAUACUGAAGUUCCUGGAGGAAUAUUACAAGAUCACUUUCCCGCUGCCGAAGAUUGACAUGAUAGCGUUGCCCGACUUCAAGGCUGGAGCUAUGGAGAACUGGGGACUAUUGACUUUCAGAGAAAUAGCAAUGCUCUACGACAGCGGCGUUUCCCCCACCACGGCGAAGGCGCGGGUCGCAGCCGUGGUGGCCCACGAGAUCGCCCACCAGUGGUUCGGGAACCUGGUCACACCGGCGUGGUGGUCAGACAUCUGGCUGAACGAGGGAUUCGCCAGUUACGUGGAAUACGUGGCCGUGGACGCUGUAGAGAAAACGUGGAAGUUAAUGGAAGUGUUUGUACUGAACGAGGUGCAAAGCGUAUUCAAGUUAGACGCUUUGACUUCAUCACAUCAAAUAUCAGUGGAAGUUGGGAAUCCUGAAGAAAUUGGAGCGAUAUUCGACAAAAUAUCCUACGGAAAAGGAUCAGCAAUCCUCCGAAUGAUGAAUCACUUCCUUACCGACGAUGUCUUCAACGCCGGCAUAACGGACUACCUCAACGCUAAGAAGUACCGAGACGCUGAACAAAGGGACCUUUGGAGCGCCCUUACCAAUGCUGCAAGACUGAAAGGCGCGUUGGAAGCUGACGUGGCUGUUGUCAUGGACUCUUGGACUUUGCAGACUGGCUUCCCAGUAGUGACGAUUACGAGGAAUUAUGAUACUGGCGUUGUUCAGUUUAAACAGGAAAGGUUUGUCCUCAUCAACAGUACUUCUUCAGAGAAGUCUCCGGUAUGGUGGAUACCUGUUUCUUACACGAAUGCUGCGGAGUUGGACUUCGAAUCCACCAGACCCAAAGUGUGGUUAAGAGGGGAGAGAUCUAUAGAACUCAGCAACAUUACAGCUAAUAAAAACGACUGGAUCAUUGCAAAUAUUCAACAAACCGGGUUUUACCGCAUAAACUACGACUCCAAAAACUGGAAAAUGCUCAUCAAAGUGCUGAACGACCCUCAAAGAUUCGAAGAUAUUCACCCCAUCAACCGAGCCCAGAUUAUCGACGACGCCAUGAACCUGGCUCUCUCGGGGAGACUGGACUACAAGACUGCCUUGGACAUCACUAGCUACUUGACCCAUGAGAGGAGCUAUGUGCCUUGGAAAGCUGGUCUUGUGGCCUUGGGAUACAUUGAUACGAUGCUGUCCAAAGGAGCGUACUAUUUGGAGUAUAAGAGGUACGUUCUCCGCCUCCUGACCGGAGCUGUCGAAGACCUGGGCUGGGAGGUGUCCGCUAACGAGAGCGUGGUGCGAGCCCAGCACAGGGUUGACCUGCUGUCCACGGCCUGCCACCUGGAACACCUGGACUGUAUGCAGCAUGCUGUCAGGAUGUACGCCAACUGGAUGCUGUCAGCUAACCCUGACGCUUAUAACGAGAUCCACGCAGACGUUCGCAGCACGGUAUACUGCGUCGGAGUUCAGACGGGAGGUGCUAGGGAGUGGUGGUUCGCUUGGGAGCGAUUCAGAGUCGCCAGCCAGCCUUCUGAGAGGGAACUAUUACUCUCCGUGUUGGGUUGUACUAGAUCUCCAUACUUGUUGUACAGGUAUUUGGAACUAUCACUCCGCAAUGAUAGCGGCAUUCGUAAACAAGAUACUGUGAGGGUGUUCUCUGCGGUGGCCGGGUCGGCUAUAGGGGAACCCAUAGCUUUGAACUUCGUCAGGGCGAACUGGCAGAGGCUGAAGGAAUACGUCGGAUCAGUAUCAACUCUCAAUUCUAUUCUGAAAGUGGUGACGCGUAGGUUAAACCAACCUCAUGAGUAUGAAGAGCUCAAAAGAUUCGUGAACGAAUCAUGCGGCGAACUAGGGAGACCAGUACAGCAAGUCCUGGAGAGGACAGAGGCCAAUGUGCAAUGGAUGGAGAGGAACUAUCAAACGAUCGUCGACUGGCUGCUCGUGGCCGACAGAAACGCGACCAAAAUGGCGGCAAUGCGAUGGUUCCUUUUGGCAAUAACGUGCCUCUGCGCACAAGCCUUUCCAGAUAAGCAGAUACAAAGGUCUGCAAAAACCACCGUGUUUUUAGACGAAAAGCUGGAAGGACAAAUAUUUGAAAAUCUCAUGGAUGAGUCGCCUGUUUCUGCACGAAAUGACGCCGCUAAUGUCUACCGACUACCCACAACAACAAGACCUUAUCAUUACAACAUUGAUUGGAUUGUAGAUACAACAGAACUUACCUUUGGUGGUACUGUCGCCAUACAACUAUAUGCUACCCAAGCAAAUAUCAAUGAAAUAGUCAUUCAGUCAGAUGAUUUAAGCAUACUCAAUGUUACACUUACCAGAAACAAUGUGGUUGUACCACAUACUUAUUACUUACAACCUGAUUUAGAUUUUCUGAGAAUUGAACUGGUCAAUGGUUAUUUAGAUUUCAAUGCAAAUAAUCCUACUGCUGCUCUUUACGUAUUGACUGUAGAAUUUGAGGCUGAACUUCGUCAUGACAUGUAUGGUAUAUACAGAAGUUGGUUUAGAAACGAUAACUACACUGAGACACCAAGCUUCAUGGCCACGACUCAGUUCCAAGCUACGUCAGCUAGAAGGGCGUUCCCUUGUUAUGACGAACCUAGUUUCAAAGCCACUUUCGAUAUCAGCAUCACGCGACGCCGUGACGUCAGAAGUUGGUCUUGCAUGAGACUCGAAAACACUGACAACACUACUUAUGGCACCGAUUUCGAAGUGGACACUUUCUACAGAACUCCCGUAAUGUCCACAUAUCUUUUGGCCAUCAUCGUAGCUGACUAUGAUACUCGUGGAGUCAACAAUAGUGCCGGUGAACUUGUUUAUGAAGUCAUCGCUAGACCUGCUGCCAUUGAAGACGACCAACAUAUAUAUGCUUUAGAUGUUGGUCAAGAAUUGCUUGCAGAAAUGAGCGACCAUACUGCUAUAGACUACUACUUUGUUGAAAACCUUAAAAUGACACAAGCAGCUAUACCUGAUUUUGGAGCUGGUGCCAUGGAAAACUGGGGCUUACUCACUUAUAGGGAAGCCUACCUUAUGUACCACGAUAACCACACCAACAGUAACUCCAAACAGCUGAUCGCUUACAUUUUGUCCCACGAAAUUGCUCACAUGUGGUUUGGCAAUCUGGUCACCUGCGAUUGGUGGGAUGUUUUAUGGCUUAACGAAGGAUUCGCUAGAUACUAUCAAUACUUUUUGACUGACUGGGUUGAAGAUUACAUGGGUUUCGAGACAAGAUUCAUCACAGAGCAGGUUCAUACAUCUUUGCUCUCUGACUCCGUUGUUAAUGCUCAUCCACUCAGCACCUCUGGUAUUGGUAGUCCAGCACAAGUCAGCAGCAUGUUCUCAACCCUCACUUACAAUAAGGGUGCAGCCGUAAUCAGAAUGACUGAACAUCUUCUCGGAUUCGAAGUGCACAGACAAGGGUUGAGGAACUAUUUGGCUGAUAACGCUUUUGGUACCGCUUUGCCGAUUGAUCUAUUCGAAGCGCUCCAAAAUGCUUCAGUUGCUGCGGGCGCCAUCUCAGAGUACGGGCCUGACUUCUCAGUCAUUGACUACUACAAGACCUGGACUGAGCAAGGUGGUCACCCUGUUCUCAAUGUUCAAGUUGAUCAGCAAACAGGCCAGUUAUUCAUCUCUCAGCGUCGUUUCGACAUCACCAAUGGAUAUUCCACCCCACUAAGGAACUGGAUUGUACCUAUUACUUUUGUAGCUGCCAGCAAUCCUUAUUUCAACAAUACCAAACCAACGCACAUAAUGACAGAAGCCACCAUGACAAUUGACGCGAAUGUUUUCAACGAGUGGGUCGUUCUCAACACUCAGCAGACAGGAUUCUACAGAGUUAACUACGACGAUUAUACUUGGAAUCUCAUCGCCUUAGCUCUGCAAGGCGAAGCAAGAACAGUCAUCCAUGAAUACAACAAGGCACAGAUUGUCAAUGACGUCUUCCAAUUCGCCCGAUCCGGCCUCAUGUCUUACACCAGGGCCUUCAGCAUCCUCUCCUUUUUGCAAUACGAGACCGACUACGCCCCCUGGGUGGCCGCCAUCACAGGUUUCAAUUGGCUCAGGAACAGAUUCGCAUCAACACCUUACCUAAAUACUUUAGAAAACCUUAUUGGCAACUGGUCUACGGCGGUGAUGAACAAUGUGACUUACUACCCUACUGAGGGUGAAAGUUUCAUGCAGUCAUACAAGAGGAUGCAGCUUGCGCCUACAAUGUGCGCCAUCGGAGUUCCCGCUUGCAUAGAAGCUGCCGAGACGCAAUUCGCUAAUCUGAUGACCGUUACCGAUUACGAAGUGCCAGUUGACAGCCGCACUUGGGUCUACUGCAACGCUCUGCGCAGAGGCAACGCCCAGCACUUCAACUUCCUUUGGAACAGAUUCCAGCAACACCACGUUUAUACUGAGAAGAUCCUCAUCCUAUCCGCCCUUGGUUGUACCAAUGACGUACCAAGUCUCACGACCUUCUUAAACGCAAUUCUUGAAGAGAACUUCCUGAUCAGACGACAAGAUUACAACACCGCUUUCAACGCCGCCGUUUCUGGUAACGAGAACAACACCCAAAUUGUAUUCAGUUACGUUCAAGAAAAUCUGGAGCUGCUCGAAGCUGCGUACAAUGUAACCUCCAGCGUUGCUGUUCCCUUGUCUUACAUCAGCGCUAGGCUGAGAACUGAAGAAGAAGUGGAAGAGUUCCAACUUUGGGCAAGACAGAACCGGAACGCUCUUGGGAAUUCUUACAACAGCGUCAUCAACGGAGCCGAGAGUGCUAGGUCCAGUAUUGUUUGGGUCAAUGAAGUCUUAGAUGACGUUCUAAACUAUAUCGAAAGCGGAGGUGAUAAUCUAGAAGUAACUACUGCUAUUCCAGCCACUGACCCUGUUAUAGUAACUGAAGUAAGACCAGUCAUUACUCCCCCUCCGAUACCUGAGUUGCCCGAAGUGCCAGAUUCUGCUGUGGCGUCAGCAUUAUCAUUGGUGGCAAUUGUUUCUGUUGCUAUUGUGAACUUAGCCUUGACUGGUCGCUGGUUUUUCCUCGCCAUUGGAAUAGUCCUUCUUCAGGACACCCUAACUUUUAGUCCCGUCCCAGACCUUGAAGAAGAAUGGACAACUUUCACAGAAAACCUCAGAAAUCCAGCCUACAGACUACCAACUACGACCGUUCCUUUACACUACGAAGUAUCUCUUACACCUUACUUCGAUAACGCACCAACAGUUGAAAGGCAGUUUACCUUCGAUGGAUUAGUGACAAUAAGAAUUAAUGUCACUGAAGAAAAUGUUACCGAGAUCAUUUUGCACUGCAAUGACCUCACAAUUGGUAAUGUAAGCCUUUCAUCUGUAAGUGGUUUAGGAGAUGACAUAUUGGUACCUGAAGAAAACAGAGUUUGCGAGGUGCCAUACAGUUUUCUGAGACUGCGUACAUCAGAAGCCUUGCAAUUGCACGAAGAAUACUCCAUCACCAUUAACUUUAUUGGCAACCUACAAACAAAUAUGAGAGGAUUCUACAGGAGUUUUUAUCGGGACAAUGGCGGCAACAAAUGGAUGGGCACCACUCAGUUCCAACCUCAUCACGCCAGACAAGCAUUCCCUUGCUAUGACGAGCCUGGCUUUAAAGCCCACUUCGACAUUACCAUCAUCAGGCCUGCUGACUUCAGCCCAACCAUCUCCAACAUGCCUAUCAGAGAAACGACGAAUUUAACUGACACCAACCGAGUCGCUGAAACUUUCGAAACGACACCUUACACUUCGACCUACCUCUUAGCCUUUAUCGUGUCUAAUUACGAGAAAAUAGCUGAGGGCAAUGACACCGACAGACCAUUUGACAUCUACGCAAGAGAUAACGCAGCGGGCACCGGGGAUUGGGCCCUUGAAAUUGGAGAGGAUUUAUUAGUAGCUAUGGAACAGCUAACAAACAUCUCAUAUUAUGAUAUGCAAACGAAUCUUGACAUGAAACAAGCCGCUAUUCCUGACUUCUCAGCUGGUGCUAUGGAAAAUUGGGGAUUGUUGACGUACAGAGAGGCCCUGAUACUAUAUGACGAGGCGAACUCCAAUCACUUCUACCGUCAGCGCGUCGCCAACAUCGUGGCGCACGAGAUCGCUCACAUGUGGUUUGGAAACCUAGUUACCUGCGCCUGGUGGGAUAACCUUUGGCUCAAUGAAGGCUUCGCCAGGUUUUACCAGUACUACCUCACUGGCUCGGUACGUGAAGAACUUGGGUACGCUACCCGCUUUAUCGUGGAACAAGUUCAAGUGGCCAUGUUUUCUGACUCAGUUGACUCAGCACAUCCCUUGACAGACCUGUCGGUCAAUGACCCCACCAGCGUCAGUGCGCACUUCUCAACCAUCACCUACGCCAGGGGCGCAGCAGUUCUCAGAAUGACACAGCAUUUGCUUGGAGAACAGACUUACCUUAAUGGACUCAGAAUUUAUCUUAGAGAAAGACAAUUCGACGUCGCCGAACCGCAUCAUUUAUUUAGUGCCUUAGACAGAGCCGCUGCUGAUGAUAAUGCCCUCUCUGCAUAUGGUGGCAUCACCAUUGACCAGUACUUCAGAACCUGGUCAGAGAAGGCCGGUCAUCCUUUAUUGACCGUGUCCGUAGAUCAGCGAACUGGACGCAUGACUGUUACUCAGGCUCGUUGGGAGCGUAACACCGGAGUUUCACAGAACCCAAGCCUUUGGCAUAUCCCCAUUACCUGGACCAGGGAGAAUGAUGCCGAUUUUGACAACCUCAAACCAUCACAAUUCCUCACUGACCAGGUCACAGUUAUCGAUCGAGGCACCACUGGAUUGGAGUGGGUCAUCUUUAACAAACAAGAGUCAGGUUUCUACAGAGUCAACUACGACGACACUAACUGGGCCCUGUUAACCAGAGCCCUAAGAAACAAUACUCAAAGGAACGCCAUCCACGAAUACAACAAAGCUCAGAUUGUUAAUGACGUUUUCGCUUUUGCAAGAGCCGGUGUAAUGCGAUAUGAGAGGGCUUAUAACAUUUUGUCUUUCUUGCAAUUCGAAGACCAAUAUGCCCCAUGGUUAGCUGCGAUCGAUGGAUUCUCUUUUGUAAGAAGAAGACUGGCUCAUGAUCCUGAUAAUCUACAAAAAUUGCACGAAAUGAUUCAUACAUGGAGUACAGCUGCCGUGAACCGUUUGGGGUAUAAUGAGGUUGCUAACGAAAGUUACAUGGAUGGCCUGUUCAGAAUGUACCUUAUGGAGUUUCUUUGCAACGUCGACCACCCUGGUUGUGUCCAAGCAGCCCGCACUCACUUUGACAAUUGGAGAAAUGGCGGAGUGAUCCCCCCGAAUUUGCGGUCAUGGGUUUACUGCUCUGGUUUGAGGACAGGCGAUGCCCAAGAUUUUGACUACUUCUGGCAGCGGUAUCUGGCAACAGAUUUAGCUAAUGACCAAGUUGUCAUGCUCCAAAGCGCCGGCUGCACCUCCGAUACUGCUAGCCUUGAGAGGUUCCUCAGUACGAUAGUCGCUGAAGAUUAUGUCAUCAGACCUCAAGAUUAUUCAACAGCGUACAGCAAUUCUGUGGGAGGAAAUGAAAACAAUACCAUGAAGGUUUUCAAUUGGCUUACCAACCACUUUGAGGCAGCUCACAACGCAUUUGGCAGCCUUCAGACACCUUUGAACGGUAUUGCUGGACGUCUUCUCUAUGAAGAAGAUUUCGAUUUGGUUUCGCGAUGGAUCGAUCAAAACCAAGAAUUCAUAGGAGCAUCGGUCUACAAUAGUGUCAACGCAACAAUUCAGACUUCAAGGAACAAUCUAGAAUGGUCAGAGCGUAGAAUACCCGAAUUGGCCCAAUAUUUCGAGACUGGUUAUGUCGAAGAUAUAAUUGAAGAAAUAACUGACCCUGACUUGACAACUGAAUCAGCUACAACUGAAGCAACAACUGAUGGUGAUGGAAGUGGUGACGGCAGCGGUGAUGGCAGUGGGGAUGGCAGUGGUGAUGGCGAGGGUGAAAGCGAUGAAGAUGAUGGUGAACCAGAUUCAGCGAACAUUGCCGUUUUAAGUUUCGUCACCCUAUCUAUUACAUUGAUGAUCAAUUAUGUUAUGUAAAUUGUAAUUUAUUAAAUGGAAUAGUUUUAAGUCUUUCAAAAACUGAUGAUAUAUAUUUUUAUACACUUUAAUUGAAA